UCCUCCUCGUUUACAAAACCGUUAACAAAAAAAAUCGCGUUACAAAAUGGAGGAAAGAAAAUUUGUGUGAGAGAUCGCAUCCUUCCUGUAAAAUUGAAACCAUUACAAACCCAAGCCAUAACAAGUUUAACCUCACCCGAUUUUUACACCUUACGACAUAUAUAUAUAUACUAUAGCUUUUGACAGUUUUUCAUAGUUCUUAGUCAGUUAAGAUCAUCAUCAUAUCAACUUCAAAACAAUAGUCAAAAAGAUGAGUUCAAGUUUACCAUUGUUAUCUGUCAAACAGGUCAGUCAACAUAACACUGAAAAGGAUUGUUGGGUCCUGUUGUAUAAAAGAAAGGUUUAUGAUGUAACUACUUUCAUCCAUGAACAUCCAGGUGGGUAUGAGAUCAUCUUACCUUAUGCUGGUCAAGACAUCACUAAAAUCAUGGCUGAUCGUGAUUCUCAUGAACAUUCAGAAAGUGCUUAUGAAAUGUUAGAUGAUGACAUGUUGAUUGGUUACUUGGCUACUCCUCAAGAAGAACAUGGGUUACUUAAUAAUAGAAAUAAAGUCCCUGUUGAAGUUGUUCAAGAUAAAAAUGGUAAUAAUAAGGAUUUCGAUAUGUAUGAAUUCCAUGAACAUUUACCUGCUAUGGAAAAAUUAUCAAUUAAAACUGAUUAUGAUGAAGAUAUUAAAAAACAUAAGUUUUUAGACUUGAGUAAACCGUUAUUAAAACAACUUUUAUUUAGUGAUUACUCCAAAGAAUUUUACUUGGAUCAAGUUCAUAGACCAAGACAUUAUGGUAAAGGUUCAGCUCCAUUAUUUGGGAAUUUCUUAGAACCCCUUUCUUUAACUCCAUGGUGGGUUAUUCCUGUUGUUUGGUUACCUCCAAACUUUUAUAUCUUUUAUGUUGGUUUCAUUAAUCAAAAUCCUCUUGUGGCUGUUAGUUUCUGGGCUUUAGGAUUAUUCAUUUGGACCUUGGUUGAAUAUUGUUUACAUCGUUUCUUAUUCCAUUUAGAUGGAUAUUUACCCGAUCAUCCUUAUGCUUUAACUUUACAUUUCCUUUUACAUGGUGUUCAUCAUUAUUUACCAAUGGAUGGUUAUAGAUUAGUCUUACCCCCUGCUUUAUUUGUCAUCUUAGCUUAUCCAUUCUAUCGUUUAGUAUUUUCCUUAUUCCCAUUCUAUAUGGCAUGUUCUGGUUUUGCCGGUGGAACUUUAGGUUAUAUCAUGUAUGAUGUUACUCAUUACGUCUUACAUCAUACUAACUUACCAGGUUAUUUACAAGAUGUAAAAACUUAUCAUUUAGAACAUCAUUAUAAGAAUUAUGAAUUAGGUUUUGGUGUUACAAGUAAGUUCUGGGAUGUCAUUUUUAAUACUGAAAUCACAACUACUUUUGAAAAGAGAAAGUAAGAAUAAUAUUAAUGAGUUAGUAAUAAUGACGUGGUGAUGCUGGUGAUACAAAAUUUUUUCGAUUCUUAAAAUAAAUUUAAAAGAUUAAUAACAUAUUCUUUUUUUGUAUAGUAUAAAAUU